UUGUAAAAGCAAUUAACUACAUUGAAAUCGGAGCUGGUUAAGCAACCAUUACUUUAUUUUUCUAACACUGGUGCACUGAAACUCAAAAAUGAUUUCUGGUUGUGUUUACUUAUUUCCACUUGAUCUUUAAAAAAUCUGUUUAAGUCUUACUCAAAGCUGAACUGUUAAUGAUUGAUUGACUACUUUCCUUUUUUUUGUUUUCUACUUACUUUUUAAUUUACAGCUACGUGUAAUGAUACAACUUUUUUUUUAACCAAAGAACCAUGAUGAUUGAUUGAUGAAUGAUUAUUUUUAAGCAUAGCACAAAAAAGCAUAUUUAGGAAAAAGAAAAAAAAACAGCAACGAAAAAAAAAGCAUUUAAUUUUGAAAAGCUUUCUGAGCAGGAGAUUCUCGGUUCCUGGUGACGUAAUCUUAUAAAUAGUCUAUACCGGAAGUGGUCAAAUUACUCGAGUUCCCGGGUUCCACUCUCCGCGCUGGUCUCGGACCAUAGAUAUACAGUCAGUGGUCUCGACACUAGCUUUUUUUUUAAUUGUGAAAGGCUGAACCAGACCGGCUGGACCGGUUCUGAGGGAGACGCUACUCGGGGACAAGCUGGACCGGCUUGCGUCAGAACCGGCGGACAAGAACUACACCGGAAGUGGGAAUGUUGACAGUGCGCACGCGGCUCUCCUUCUGAGGAACCCGGUUCUAUUUUCCCUUCCCCGGUUCGGCAGCAGCAUGCCAUCGGACGUGGAGUACAGUCCGGUGGGGGAAGGACUCGGCAUGCGGGACUUUUGGCUGUACGCGUGGAUGCGCAGGGCUGCCGUGUUCUCCGCACACUUGACGUCGCUGACCCUGACGAUUACCGUGAGCGUGCUGUCUAGACCUGGAACGAGCCUGUUUUCCUGGCAUCCAGUGUGCAUGACUGUUGCUUUCUGCGUCUUCAUGACGGAGGGAGUGCUGCUCUUCUCUGCAGAGGGCUCUCCAUUCUGCUUCAAGUCUCGGAAGGGGAAGGUGCGGGUCCACUGGCUGUGUCAGGUUCUGGUUCUGACUGCUGCAGCUACAGGCCUGGGCUUCAUCGUCGCCAGCAAAUCGGUGUCAGAGCACCCCCACCUGACCAGCUGGCACAGUCUGCUGGGCUCCUGCACUCUGGCCUCCACCCUACUUCAGGCGGUUUUCGGCAUCUCCGUGACCUUCCACAAGGAGCUGCACCUCUCCUUGCCCCCCUCAAGACUAAAGCUGUACCACGCCACCUGCGGGUUGCUGGUUUACCUGCUGGCCACCGUCACCGUGGUGUCCGCCCUUUUCUCAGACUGGUUCCAGGCCAGCGUGAAGGGACCUGUGUGGUGGGUCUUAUUGCUGCUGCCCUUCUUCCCUGCUUUGGUAGUGAUGAACCAGAUCACAAACGCCUACCUGCCCCGCAAGAAGAUGAGCAGCUAGGAGGCAGCAGACUUUGGUGGGGAGAGGUUCAGCUUUGAACAGUCGGUGUAUUUAUUCUCAACACAAUCUCAAAGUUUGAAUGUAUUAUUGAUUUUCAGGGUCUGAUUUGUCAGGUUUUGCUGCAGAUGUUUUCUUUACCUCUCAUCUAGUCUAAGGGCUUUUAGGAUUUCAUCCUCAGUAUGAUCACUAAAGAUCAGGGAUUGCAGACUGUAGAAUCAGAUCUGCUUUACUCUGCUGGAUUUCAGAAUAGGAGGAUUUUUAAGAAGAUUUUUGUGCACUGAUAUGGGUGCUGUGCGCCUGAACCUGUCCUGCUGAAUGAAAGUAACCAUGAAGAUGGAUGAACUGUUAUACACAAAGGAGCAGCUAAUUAAAGAAACAAGUGUGUGUGGGGGUGCAUACUGUGGAUACUGGAAGAUUAAGUGAUGUUACUUUGAUUUAAUGUAUUUAUUUGUCUUGGUUUGUUUUAUAAGAAAACACAUUGAAAAUCAUAAAAAAACAAAUCAUACUUUUGUCAUGAAAACCAGAAGUCUGUAGAAUAAACACUAGAGUGGGACAAUUUUAUAUGUGGGGAGAGGUGUAUGUGAAAGUUAGAGUAACUACUGAAAGAUGACAGAUGUUACUUUCACUAAUAAAUUAUUUUUCUCAGUUUCUACAAAAAGUCUUUUUUUUGUCUCAUCACCAUCAUUUGAGGCCAACCUGGAAAUACCAACAGUUGCAGUCCCUCAAUUGACCACUGGGGGCUGGUGUCUUUUUUUCUAGGGAUGUUAAGGAUACAGAUUCGCAUAAGAAAAGAUCUAGUCAUGAAAGUUACAUAAGUAUCUGUUCUAAACCACACCUGCCAACAAGAUUUAAGGGUUUAUUAUCAAUCAGGAUGUGAAUAAUUGAUUAUUUCUGUUUAUUCUAUCAUACUUGCCUUUUUAUGUACGUGUGC